AUGGAAGAUGCCAGAGCCGAUUUGGCCGGGCUGAUUGAGGCCGAAAGAAAGAGAGAGACACGGCCGGAAACGUCGAGAGAGCUAGCCAUGGCAACAGAAGACCGGAUACCGGAAAUGCAAUAUUUCACGUCGGGAAGAGCAGAGUCCACGGGUCGACUUGGAAUGUCCAGCCUCCUGCCGAUCUUCCAGACCCGUCCUGGACAUACCAUCCUGUCAAACGGACAAAGCGCCAACGGUGAACCAGGGGAUGGUGGGAUUGGCGUCAGCGACGCUUCACGAUGGAACUCCGGCUCGCCAAGUGCGAUCUUGCCUGGUCUUCCGACGUCCGGCCUUAAUUUCGGCCCAGUCCCGGGGUCGCCUGGAGCCAAGAGAGGCGGCGAGGAGGGCGAACCACAGAAGAGGGACAUCAACUGCUCCGACGAGGGUCUGAUCGGCCCCAGAGGCAAGUUGAUCGAGACUCCGGAACAGACUCUUCCGGGGCCGCUGGACCUCUUUUCAGCCUUUCCGUUCGUGGCUGCGGCCGCGGCCGCAGCGGCAGCCGUCUUCGCGGACAGUGUGCGUGAAAAGGAGCGCGACAAAGGCACUUCCGCCUCCAGACCAGUCGGUCAAACGAUGCUGUUGGGCCCGACGUCAUCGUUCAGUCCGCAGCCGGUCCUACGCGACGGUCCGUCGGUGUCGGAUAGUCCCGGCUGCUGUGGCCUCAGUGCGCUAACUCAGGCCAUGGUUGCCAACACCCAGAGCAGCCUCCUUCAGCCACCAGCGUCCACAGGACCGGGCGAUGCCGGCGCCUUGGCAACGGGUCUUCUGCCUCCGGCACCGUCACCGUCGCACACAGGACUGCUGACUCCGCUGGCGGGACUGAGCAUGCGGGGUUUCGCGUUGCCCGGGCCUCGGCACCAAUCAACCGGAGGCGGCUUCGAGGCCGGCCGAGACCUGCGGGCUCGUCUGGCCGCGGCCUACCUUUCGCAGACAAGCGGAGUGACGUCUACACAGGCCCUGACCACAGUCGCCAGCCCCUACCCGGCCCUACCGACUGGCCUGAACCGGCAGGCCCACCACCUCCAUGAAGCAUACAGCCAGUUCCACACGCAGCCGGGUUACUUUCAGAGCGAGGCGGCGACUCGAUCUCGCCUCCUGGCGGCCGUCAAACACGUCACCAACGCUACACCGGCCAUCUCUUUGGCCAGUUGCGGUGACAACUGCGGCCAAGAGGGCACAAACGCCCAAGAAAGCCCGACAAAAGCCUCGUCCGCUGGCCUCCAGGGCGGCCGAGCCAACGGGCACUCGCAUCCUCAGCACCCUCACCAACUCUACUCGCAGCCCUUGGCGCCGGGGCCGGGAAAGGAGGCCCCCGGCCCGAGUCUGGGUCCCGGCAAUCUUCCAGGCGGCGUCUCGACGGACAGACCAGCAAUGGUGCUCAAUCCCCAAGAGCCGCGCGAGAUGUUCGUGGGUGGAGUGCACACGGUGUGUCUGCCGGUCUGGGCGUACCGCAAAUGUCUGGGCAUGGUGCGUGGGGCUCCUCAUGAGCUGGGCCCCAGACUCUGCUUGCGCCUGCUGCAGAGCCUCUUCAGCCUCACCUACCUUGUGACGCACAACUACAACGGAUCCGGGGGCAAGGCUCCGAUUGACCCGACCGUGAUGGGCGCCGUCCUCAGACAGGCCCAGUUGCAGUAUGGCUCGGACCACUUUUUCACAGAACCGAUGGCGCUCGGAAAACUCCGGGACUACCUGAACAAUGCGUUCCGAGUGAUGGCCUUCCGCCAACGCAAGGGCGAACGAGUUCGCUCGCCCUUUUGGAACGAGGCCGGGGAGCCCGUAAUGCGAUUGGACCCUCCGCCUGAGUACGCCGCCGCGGCUACACCGACCGGCAGGAAUGGCAGCGAACGGCCCAGAGACCAGACCGCCGAUUCGCUGGACGAUGACGUCCUCAGAGCAGGACGGCUGGAGGGCUUUUCUGGUGAUGCUCUGGCGGGCACGACGGUCCGGCUUCCGCGGACACCGGCGAGGUUACACACGCAGUCGAGGACUGGGCUGCUGGUGAGGCCGCGUCAAGACAUGAAUCUUAUGUGCCGUAGAGAAGGCGAUAUAAGGCUGCCGACGUUAACAGAGUGCAAAUUCAAAAGCAAAUAG